AUGGCGGAAACCAACGAGCAGGUCAACCCUGAAGACUCCCACGACCCCCAAUUCGAGCCGGUCCUCAAAUUGACCGAGCAGGUCGAGGCCAAGACACACGAGGAGGACGAGGAUGUUCUCUUCAAGAUGUGGGUUUACGAUCAUCACAAUUAUAGCGGGACGUAUCUGGGUCGGGCAAGCAAGAGCAAGGCGGGACGGGGCGCAGAAGCUGGGAUCCUUUGGCGCGCAAAGCUCUUCCGGUUCGUCAAGACCGACCUGGAAUGGAAAGAGCGCGGAACAGGAGAUGUGCGCCUGCUCGCACACAAGCAGACUGGUAAGGUCAGGCUGGUGAUGCGUCGGGACAAGACGUUGAAGGUUUGCGCCAACCACCUUAUCUCCGCCGACAUGAAGCUCUCGCCGAACGUCGGGUCGGACCGUUCGUGGGUCUGGAACGCGAGUGCCGAUUAUGCCGAAGGGGAGCCGACGGCCGAGACGCUCGCUAUCCGAUUUGGGACCGCUGAGAACGCCAACCUGUUCAAGGAGGCUUUCGAGUCUGCUCAGGAGAAGAACGCCGCUUCGGGCGGUGGAGCUGCCGAGUCAGAUGCGGAGGACGAGGAGGAGGCGGAGAUUGUGCCUGUUGCUAAGGAGAAGGAGGAGGCUCUGAAGACCGAGGAGCCAAAGGAAGAGAAGGUGAACGAGGACGCCGCUACCGCCCCAUCCACCCACACUCCUGCCCCUGCGCCUACCACCACCACCGACGCCGCCCCCGUGCCCGCAUCCGCAGACACCGAGCCCGCCAAGGUCGACACCUCGGCUACCGACGCUGCCGUCAAGGAGAAGACGGACGAGAAGGUCGAGGCGGCUCCGGAGGUGAAGAAGGAAGAGCAGGCUGAGGCUGAGGUGAAGAAGGAGGAGGCGGGUGAGGAGAAGAAGGAGUAG